UUUGGCAAAUUCUGGAUUGAGAACCUUUGGUGUCCUGCCUGUCUUCUCCAGGAUCCACGUGUCCUCCUUUUUGGGAGCAGAUGGACUUGUUGGUGAAGAGGGAGGCUGGAUCGCUCUGGAUUCUCUGACUUUUCUCAAUGAAAUGAUCAACCUGUCGAGGUUCCAGGGUGAAGCAGUAGAUUGGCUUCGUCUCCCUCCUGUUCACCAGGCUGGAUUUGGCAAAUUCUGGAUUGAGGACCUUUGGUUUCCUGCCUGUCUUCUCCAGGAUCCAGAUGUCCCCCUUAUCGAUGAGACGAAACACGCCUGCUGCCUGUGGUUGGUCCUUUCCAGAGAUGAGCUCCAGCGGCUCCCAGAUCUGGCACGACACCCCAAAACUUACAUCAGCUAUAUAAGCCUUCCCAUCAAUGAUAACCUUGUGAAUCAGAUUGUCGCUCUUGCAAUGGAAAACGAACAGAUGGACAAAAAUGUGUUUUUAUUGACAGGAGGUUGUGGCUAUUUUGGAUUUCGCCUUGCAUGUGCUCUGCAUAAAAGAGGAGCCAGAAUCACACUUUUUGACACCGUUCCUCCACGCCAAGAACUUCCUGAAGACAUGAUGUUUAUGCAAGGAGAUAUUUGUGAAUAUGAACAAGUUGAGAAGGCUGUGUUUGGUGUAGAUUGUGUGUUUCACAUUGCCUCUUAUGGGAUGUCUGGUAGAGAGCAGCUGAAUAGACACCUGAUUGAGGCAGUCAACGUUCAGGGGACGAAGAACAUCCUGAGGGCUUGUGUGGAGAAUGGAGUGUCAAGGUUGGUUUACACCAGUACUUUCAAUGUGGUUUUCGGAGGCCAAGUGAUAGAGAAUGGCGAUGAAAGUCUUCCUUAUCUGCCGCUCCACCUUCAUCCCGACCACUACUCUAGAACCAAGUCCUUGGCAGAGAUGGCGGUGCUACAGGCAAAUGGAGCAGCUCUGUUUGGUAGCCCUGGGGUGUUGAGAACCUGUGCCCUGCGCCCAGCAGGUAUCUAUGGGCCUGGUGAGCAGAGGCACCUGCCUAGGAUAGUUAGCUACAUAGAGAGGGGGAUCUUUAGGUUUGUUUAUGGUAGUCCCAGCAGUUUGGUGGAGUUUGUCCACGUGGAUAACCUGGUGUCUGCCCACAUGCUAGCUGCAGAGGCUUUAACUUCAGAGAAGCAGCAUCGCUCUGCUGGCCAGGCCUACUUCAUUUCCGACGGCAGGCCGGUCAAUAACUUUGAAUUCUUCCGACCUCUGGUAGAAGGCUUAGGCUACCCUUUCCCAAAACUCCGCCUCCCCAUCUCUAUCAUCUACCUGUUUGCCUUUCUCACCGAAAUGAUUCACCAUCUCAUCGGCCCGUUCUACAACUUUCAGCCCCUGCUAACGCGCACCGAGGUGUAUAAAACUGGAGUUACACAUUAUUUCAGCAUGGCAAAGGCCAAAGCGGAGCUGGGAUAUGAGCCGCAGGAGCACAACUUGGACGAGGUGGUGCAGUGGUUCAAAAGCAGAGGCCACGGGAAGAGACUUCACGGCUCCGGCUUCAGGAGAUUAAUACUCAACUUCCUGUUUGUUUCUGCUUUUACUGCUGUGGUUUUGUCGUUUCUGCCGGUUGCUGGCAGCUGGUGAAAAGCUCUUCAAGCUGCAAUCAGUCAAUCAAAAUAAACUUAUACAGCAAAGUGUAACACAAAGUGCUUCAAAUGCUUAAUGAAGAAACAGAUUCUUCUUCUUCUUUAUGUUUUAAUUGAUUUAAAAUCUUUGCAGAAAUCAAUCACGUGUUUCAUUUGAAGCUAGAACAAAGAAAACUCUGGGACCAACCUGUCUUUGUUGCUUAUAAUGACUCAAACAACACUACCUCUCUCUGUUUUCAUUCAGCCAAUGGGGAUAAAGAUUCAUAAUUACAUGUUUUAUUGAUAUACUUUAACAGUAUUAUUAGAAGUUAAUGCAGUCUGACAACUGUGAUCAACAUUCAUUGUUUUUUUUUUUGUUUUUAAGUCAAACUCAGAAUAUUAACAAUGUUUUAGGAAUAAAAAUAUGAUUUUGUAUACUUUCUUACAUUAAAGUUAUGCUCUCUCAAUAGGAGGUAUUGAUGGUAACUCGAAGCAAUAAGCAGGAUUUCCUUGGAAAGAUUGCUUUUACAACUCUGACUGUACUGUGUUAGAAACAGGGCCGAGUUACACUGUAUGUAAUUGGAUUUGAAUGUGACUUUAUUGGAUUAUUUUGAACUGAACUUGGACCAAAUUAGAUUCUAUGCUUCUGCAGAUGAAUUGGCUCUCAUUGUAAAGUGCCUUAAGAUAGCUUUUGUUACACUUCCACACUAUAAAUAAACAGAAUGCAUUUGUUUGUACA